AUGGUUGAAGCCAUUGAUUUGUCAUGUAUAGCCGUCAAUCAAGGCGUUCGAGUCGGCCCAAAAGACUUUGAGUUGCUCAAAGUUUUAGGAAAAGGUGGAUAUGGCAAGGUGUUUCAAGUGAAGAAAACGACGGGUUCUGAUAAAGGAAAAAUAUUUGCUAUGAAAGUUUUACAAAAAGCGACAAUAGUCAGAAAUCAAAAGGAUACUGCUCAUACUAAGGCUGAAAGGAACAUUUUGGAAGCCGUCAAAAGCCCAUUCAUUUGUGAUCUGCUUUACGCGUUUCAAACUGGCGGCAAAUUAUAUCUUAUUCUAGAAUAUCUCAGCGGAGGAGAACUUUUCAUGCAUUUAGAAAGGGAAGGAAUGUUUCUGGAGGACACAGCCGCAUUUUAUCUCUCUGAAAUUGUUGUCAGUUUGGAGCACUUGCAUAGACAGGGUAUUAUUUAUCGGGAUCUCAAGCCGGAGAAUAUUCUUCUUGAUGCACGUGGUCAUGUGAAACUCACUGACUUUGGACUUUGCAAGGAAGCAAUAGAAGGCGAUCAGAAGACGCAUACAUUUUGUGGAACAUUGAAUACAUGGCGCCGGAGAUUCUGA